AAGCGACGUCAGCAGCAGCGCCACACCGGGGCUGAGGAGUGGGUGACGAAGAGCAAUCACCACCACCAGGAAAAAAAAAAAAAUACCAGGAGCGAUAAAAUGCACGGACUUACAAGGGUCCAUUUGACUGUCAGUUGAGACGUUUUUCGCAUUUCGAGGGUUUUUUUUUGGUUCCUGACGAGGUCUUUGUGGAGAACAGCAGCUGAACACAAUGAAGGUUUUCUGUCAGGCCGAGCUUUCUGGUUUUUAGCCAGUUGGCUGCAAUUCCAGGGAUGGCUAGCUGAGCUAACCUAGCUAGCUAACAAUUAGCCUGCCCAUUUAGCUCCGCUGGUCACUGGGCGCCGCGGUCUGCAAACAGGGUAAACUGCCUGUGAGCGCAAUUGUAAAAGCGGUGUAGUUUAACUCGAGAUUGUGACUCGGGUUGUGGUUCGUCGAGUGGUUGAGGCGGUGGGCUGUAGCCUGGGUGUUUGUUCAGUAGAUGGACAGUUUUGACGGGCGCUCAUUGUCACUGCGCGGGCGUACAAGCGUUGGUUUCGGGGCGGCUAGGCUCGUACUCGGCCGGGCAACCAGCGGAGGGAUUGUACAAAUGUGGCAGUGGCAGCCGGUGGUGUCCCACUGUCUUCGGGAAGACAGAAGUUAGUCUGGAUAUAAGAACCGGAUUUUAAUGAGUGGUAGGCCAACCAGCUACGCGGGAAAAGGGAUUAGAAAGUGUUGUGCUCACUGAAAAUCCACCAAAUCUAGCUUUGUUAUAACGUUAGCAGCACGUAGCUUACAGGCUAGUCAGCGAGUUAACGUUAACCCAAAACUAAUUCCAGCUUCUUUUGGGAAGUGCAUGAAAUAAAAUGGUUGUUUGCACCGUCGGUAAUCAUCUAAGAUGUUUGCGGACAUGUUGCAUUGCACAUUGUCUGUGAUCAGCUGUCAGUCCCUGUAGCCUGAGGAUUUACACAAGACUUUUGACUAAGCUGUCAAAUAUUUGACACCUGACAGCAGUUUUACCAUCAGCUAGGAGGGCCAGAUCCCCCUGCACCGAGCAGCAAGCCCAUCCAUUACCGGCGUCUGGACAUAUAACUUACCGUUUCUCAGAGAAAGAGGGGGUUUCAUUUAUUUUAUAUUUAGUGUGAGGUUGUAAGCCCGGCGCCCCUUGUCAGACGGGCUUUUUCAGCUCAUGCGGUGAUGACUUUAGACUCCAUGAUGGCUUGUUGCCUGAGUGAGGAGGCGAAGGAGUCCAAACGAAUCAACUCUGAGAUCGAGAAACAACUCCGACGAGACAAGAGAGAUGCAAGAAGGGAGCUGAAGCUUCUUCUGCUGGGUACUGGAGAGAGCGGGAAGAGUACCUUCAUCAAGCAGAUGAGAAUAAUCCACGGGUCAGGCUACACAGAUGAGGAUAAGAAGGGCUUCACCAAACUGGUCUACCAGAAUAUCUUCACCUCAAUGCAGGCCAUGAUCCGUGCCACUGAGACCCUCAAAAUCCCAUUUAAGUAUGAACAGAACAAGAAUAAUGCCCAGCUGGUGCGCGAGGUGGACGUGGAGAAGAUUUCAUCAUUCGAUCAGCCGUACAUCAGCGCGAUAAAGACGCUGUGGGCUGACCCUGGCAUCCAGGAGGCGUAUGAUCGCAGGAGAGAGUACCAGCUCUCCGACUCAACCAAAUAUUACCUUAACGAUUUAGAACGAAUAGGAUCACCGGGGUAUGUGCCCACUCAGCAGGAUGUGCUGCGGGUUCGAGUGCCCACCACCGGCAUCAUUGAAUACCCAUUUGACCUGGAGAAUAUUAUCUUCAGAAUGGUGGAUGUGGGGGGUCAGAGGUCAGAGAGGAGGAAGUGGAUCCACUGCUUUGAGAACGUCACUUCCAUCAUGUUUCUGGUGGCGCUCAGCGAGUACGACCAGGUCCUGGUGGAGUCGGACAACGAGAAUCGUAUGGAGGAGAGUAAAGCUCUGUUCAGGACCAUCAUCACAUAUCCCUGGUUCCAAAACUCCUCCGUCAUCCUCUUCCUCAACAAGAAGGACCUGCUGGAGGAGAAGAUCAUGUAUUCUCACCUGGUUGACUACUUCCCAGAGUUUGACGGUCCCCAGCGGGAUGCCCAAGCGGGUCGGGAGUUCAUCUUGAAGAUGUUUGUGGACUUGAACCCAGACAGUGACAAGAUCAUCUACUCCCAUUUCACAUGCGCCACCGACACGGAGAACAUCCGCUUUGUCUUUGCAGCCGUCAAAGAUACUAUCCUGCAGCUCAACCUCAAAGAAUACAACCUUGUGUGAAGAGAGAAACAGAAAGAGAGAAAGAGGGAGAGAGAGCAAGAAAGAGACCUGCACCCCAGCACACACACACGCACACACAGACACAAUGCAGAGUCCACUUCUAAAAACACACACAUCUGCAUGAAACUCACUGCUGCUCAAAAAGCAUUGCUUCAUACUUUAACAGACCAACACUAUCCAUGUCCUAUUCCUACUGUCCUCUUAGCUCCUUGGUUGUUGGUUUGCCCAUUUUUUAAAAAGAAUGGUUAUCUGUUUAGUGGUUCUAAUAAUUGCCCCUGUUGUACAAACACACAUGAAACACACUGAAAGAUAACACUCCCUCCAUCUGUCCCCCUCUCUUGGGGUUUUGGUGUGCUCUGGGGCUCCUCUUGGCCCUAGGUGUGGCUCACUUUUCUUUUUCUUUACACUACAUUAUCACCAGUGUGUGUGUUUCGAGGUGGGUAGAGGGCCUUCUCUGGGUAGACAAAGCUUUUAUGGACCAAGGGCUCUCUCCCCUUCUUCUUAUUUAACCCAUGCAUGCGAUACACUACAGCAUGAGGGCUUGAGGCCAGGCUGCAGACCCUGGACUCUGCUCAUCUGCGAAGGGUAACUAAUUAUGAUGAUAAGAAUAUAUUAUCUGGCAGUGCUGGGGUGCAGUGAGGUACUUGGUUCCCCUGGGUCUUGAAUUUUGUAUUUGAUUUAUUUUUUUUGUUAACCCUGCCCCACUCAGAGCCCAGACGCUCUGUUGAAUGUAAAUAAAGUUUUCAUGCUGCUCACACAGAGUGAGGGCUACACAGAGACGACUACAUGUUCUCUGUUAUACUUUCAAUAUUUUCAGCUAUGUUAACGUCUUGGUUGUAUUAUUACUGCUAUUGUUCUCCAUUUAAAAUUGAAGAUGACUACUCAAAGGAAUGCAACGCUCCAGAAAGACUCACAAUAUGUUACUUUUAAACUGCCCAUCAUUUUAAAGUGUUAACAUGUAUUAUGAAACAAAAAACAACAACAACAACACUACUACCGGUAUUAACAUACUGUAUAUCAACUCCCUCGUCAUUUUGCCCCCAUCACAUUGCCAAAUUGUAACCACCUGCUUUUUUCUGUAAAUAUAAUUGCAUUGCCAGUAUCCUGUUCAUCCCUUAAGUGGUUCAGAUACCAAGAAAACAUAUUUGGAAACGGUAUUGCCAAAAUUAGGUGCAAGUUUUCUCUCGUGGAUCAUUCAGAUUUUGAUGGCAUAACAACUCACUUUGUGUGGCAUUUUUUCAUGUCGACCAUUGUCUGAAUCACACAUGUAUUAGUACUGUGAUUUAUUUUCUCUGUUUCCUUUAUUAAUGUUGAGAAUAAUCUUCCUGUGCACCAUGUGCGAAUGAUGAUACCAGAUUAGUACAGUGCAAUAGUCAGUUGUAGAUGAAAUAAAGCUUUUGCGCUGCCAGUUAGUUUAAGUCACAAGUUGGUCUUGAUCAUCCAUAUGGCUUCUCUCUGUAAUCAACUUUAUUUAGCCAUAUUAUUUGGCCAACAUUUGAUAAACUGUAAUGAUAGCAAGAGAGUAAAUAUUUCUUUUUUGUAUGUCUAAUUUAUCAAUCAGAUCUACGUAUUGUUGAUACAGUAAAUGAGACAUCCUCCCUAGUUUCAGCUUAAAUGUUUUUCCAACCUAGGAGACAGGAGGAGAUUUUAUACUGCUGUAAAAUAUCAAAAUUAUUUUAUGGACAAGUGUUCUAUCUUUCUAAUGAUACUUCAUAUAUUUAGUUGUUGCAGUUCUGUUUUGAGAUGCCUGACGAUGGAAAACACUGUUUCCGUGUCAGGUUUGUGCUUUUAUGCAAAUAGGAAAAUGAAAACAGACAAAAAACUUGGUGGUUGAAUAUUUACUGUUCAAGAAUGCUUGCAUUUUUUUGUAAUUUUUGAGGAUAUGUGUUGGCUAUUGGUUCCAAUCCCAUAUCGUGUCUCUUGCCUGAUAGUUGUUUAAAUAUUCCAUUAAGCUGAAAGUUGAUAGAUGGCUAUUUUUGUCUUCACAAUGUAAUUCAGGUAAGUUUUCAUAACUUUUUCAUCACAAGGGCUACUACUAGCAGCUUUGAUAGAAAUGAAAGGAGUCUAUGGACGGCAUAGAGAAAAAGGUGCAAUUAAUUAAGGUGGGGGGGGGGUUUAUGAAUCAAGAGUUUGACAUCCUGUUGAGGGUGAUGGCCGCAGGUUCAGUGAGGGAGGAAUGGAGCAGUCCACAGAUGCCUACAUGACAUUCCCGAGGGAAGUCUGGUGGCGGUUUAGCUCUUUGUUCAUUAUCUUUUUGCCUUUAGAAGAGGAGAAUGGCUAGCGUCAAAAGAAGUGGGGUUUCCCGAGGUGCAAUAGCACAGUUGCACCUAACUAUCCUCAUACUCUGAUGAAUUAUGUGCUGAUCUUCUUGGCUUUAUAUUUUCCACUAUGUGGUUAUGCAUAUUUGGCUUAAUCUUCUAAUUGGUAGUGUUUCCAUGUUUGACUUUGGCAUUGGCUGUGUUGGAGUCAGAAAAAAGGGAACACUUGGGACAUUUUGACCUUUUUGUGCACAUUGAACUAGCUGGAAGGGUCAGAUUAAACAUCAAAGAAAUUAUUACAGAGCCUGUCGUACUCCAUUUUGUGUAUCUUAAAUCGUUUGCCAAAAGGUUUACAAGUCAAAUUUUCUUUUGAAUUUCUGCAGAAAAGCAGUUUGAUCUGUUAGAUUUAGGGGAUUUUACUCGCCCUGUGUAUUACUUAGCCUUGAUUUUCUUCACACGCACCUACUGAGAGUAAUUGUCACACCUCUGGUGCAAAUGUGUACAUUGUGUUGAUAAAGCCAUUAUCUUGUACGCUUUGACACUUAAUGAAGAAGGGACAUAUAUAUAUAUAUAUAUAUUUAUGCUAAGUGCCACAAUUUGUUAUGAGUUGAUAUGAAAAUAUGAGAAACAAUAUUGGAGAUGUUGCAAAAGCUCUGACUUUGAGAAGUCAAGUUAUUGUUUUGGCUGUGACCUUGUUUUUUCCAGCCUGUAUUGAUAAUGGGUUCAGCUUUGGUGCUUCAGCCAACAUUUAAAGGCCUUUUCUUGACCUGUUUGUCCCCAUGUAUAGGGUGAUGCUUUUCACACUCACUUGCUAAUUUCAGUUCAUUUUGUGGGUGAUACAAUUCAGCACGCUUUUCACUUUUAAAUUAAGAGCUUAUGUAUUUUGAUAUGUGGAUGAAUAAACUACGUGACAGACUUUAACUGAGCUUUGAAAGGAAUAUUUUGUUCUGCUUCCCUGCUGGGAUAACAUGUGCAUCUAUUUGUGUUUUGUUCCCCUGAACUGUGGCUUACCACCUUAAGGGCAGCCGUGUGGUCUCUUACACUUCAUGCUCGUAGAUGAGAUGUUGCGCCGAAAAUGGACUUGAAUGGGCUGCUAUGAGGAUGAGAAACAAGAUGAAAGUGACCACUCCUGGGACCACUGUUUGCAAAAUGGUGUACUCUUUAUAAAAAAAAAAAAAAAAAACAACUUUGUUGUAUCAGUUUUCAUAUGUGUAUUUGCCUUCUCUGGUGAGCACCUCGCAGCUAAACAGAAAAAGUCACAUGGCAACACUACCGGUGAUGGGAGCUAACAGCAGAGCUGGGUCGGUUAUUUGAAGUCCUUUCCAUUGAUUUGUACUGUAUUUGCUUUAUUCUGCUUAGAAUGCAUUCUGGAGAAGGUUUGUACAGCAGUCCAAUAAAACACUGUGCCAAACAAAAUCAAUCAGCCACAGAAAUUCCCAAUUUGUAGUAACUUGACUCAGAUCUCUGUGGUAAAACUUGUUGAUCCACUUUUGCAUUAUGGUUUCGUUUUUUCUUUUUUUUUCAAAAUGAAGCUUGUGUGUUAAGCCUCAGUAUUAAUGUAUUUAUUGAAAGACUUGCCAAGUGAAGGUACUGAAAUGGCCAUUGUAAUAUUUUGGUGGUUAUAAUUGCAAGUGAGUGAAUGAAUAUGCUGUAUGUUUACAUGUCUGCCAUUCUCUUUUUUUUUUCUCCCCCCCUUUACUUGAUUGGACUGUGUAUUCUUUCCCUGGGUCGAAGGCACUGAAACUGCACCACUGCAAUGGGCCUGCAUUCAUGCAACUUAGAUGUCCGUUCAAGCGCGCUCGUUGGUACUCUGAGGGGUGUGUGUGUGUGUGUGUGUGUGUGUGUGUGUGUGUGUGUGUGUGUGUGUGUGUGUGUGUGUGUGUGUGUGUGUGUGUGUGUGUGUGUGUGUGUGUGUGUGUGUGUGUGUGUGUGUGUGUGUGUGUGUGUGUGUGUGUGUGUGUGUGUGUGUGUGUACUUUUGAUGGCUAUUGCUUAUGCUUGAGAUCCAUUCUGAUUAGAGGGGUGGACAUACAGUAAUAUUAAAAGCUAUCUUUGCAUCUUUUUCUUUCUUUUUUUUUUUUUAAGGUUGACACACCUUAACACAUGUAUUUAGGACCACUUUAGAUGACAGACUUUUUUAAAAGAGUUCAAAUAAACUUUGUGUAGUGGUGUACAAAUUGAAAGUAAUGUAUUUUUGUUUGAUUCUUUUUCUUUUUUUUUUUUUUUUAAGUAUACCAAAUGUAAAUUAUGUACAAUGAGUGUGCCAAUCCCCUUUCUUUGUAAAGCCAGAUUCUUAACAAGUGCCAAUGUUGUGAGAAAUCAGAGGGCCUGUGAAUUUCAUGGUCCAGUUUUUAAAACAAAUAAACACUUAAGUAUGUGAUUAAUUAACUAAAAAAAAGGACAAUUUUAUUCUAUAUUUAAGAUUAUUGAUGAACUGCUGUUUUUAAGAUAAAUGUCAUUUUAAUUGCAUGUGUUUGUCAGGUUGGGGAGGGAGUGGGUGGGUGAUAUACUGUAUUCAUGCAACGCCCUCAUAAAAAGGGUCCUAAUGGUUUUUGAUUUACAGUAUUUUGGCCAUAUUUCUCUUUUGUAUGUUUCAUUUCAACCACUGUUGCCUGAACCUCAUUCAAACAUGAAAAUGAUUUUCAUAGCCUUCUCCUUUAAAUGUUUUAAAUUGGAAUAAAAUAUGUUCCUAUACUCUC